AUGUCACCAAGGAUGAGGUCGAAUUGCGGUUCAAUGAUAAGGAUUGGCUUCAAAGUCAACAGUAAAAACGCUGAGGAAAAAAUUAGUGAUCAGUUGCAAUUCGUAUGCAUCUAUAAAGGAGAACCAAGCGAUACGGCUACUUAUUUCAUAAUUAUUAGCGAAGCUCAAAAAAAUGAUCUCGAACUCAUAUUUGAAGAGCCAGAUCCAUGGCCCUAUGUUGGCGGACAAUACUCGCUGAUUUGCAUCCUCAAACCCAAAACAAGAGGUCGUAUGGAAGAUAAAUACCAGCAUUACCUUAAUUUAACCUGUCCUAGAUGUACACAUUCUGAAGUCAGGCACACAAAAUCUAUUAGAAAUGACAUGUUAUCGCACACUGUCACAAUCGACACCCUGACUCCUGAAGACAGUGGGCAAUAUGCCUGUAGUUGGUAUUUUGAGCAACAACUCAAUAAAACGAUUGAGCACACCGUAGUAGUGUCUCCCAAAAUGGAACAAAUCAAGGUACUCAAUCGAACACUACAAGAAGUGAAUGUAAUGGAGGGCAACUCGAUCACUUUAUCUGCUGAUCUUGCAGCUUUUCCGCAUGAAUUAUCAGGAUUUAAUGCCAAAUGGAUUAGGAAAUAUAUCAAACCUCCAAAGACAGUGAAUGAAACGGAGAACUUGGUGAAUGAUAAUGAUCGUCAAAUCUCGAGCGAAAGAUUAAGUGGUGGACGGGUGACUGAAAAAAUCUCGAUCAGGAAUGCUGCAACCGAUAUGAGUGGAAUAUACGUGCUGACCAUAGAAUAUAAGGACACAGUGCGAACCAUAGAGUGGAGGGUUAGUGAUUAUUUUUUUGUAUCUGCUUGA